UCAAUUAUAAAGAUUCGGAAGCACAAAAGAAAGGGCUCAAAGGCUUCAAAAUGGAAAUUAUCAACAGAUACAUUGCAAUCAAGAACCACGUAAACGAUGCACCACAAGACUGAUUUCAAGCUCAAGUCUUCACCACUUACUCUUUCCAUGGACCCUGGCUCCGAUGAAGUCAUUGUCCAAAAUCUCUACGUUUCAAUCGACCCUUACCAGUUAAACCGCAUGAAAAGCUAUAGCUCCUCACAAGAGAGAGCAGCGUAUGCAAUCGCCAUUUCUCCCGGUGAGGCUAUCAAUACUUACGGUGUUGGCAGAGUUGUGGCUUCUACGAACCCAAAAUUUGAGAAGGGUGACAUUGUUGCCGGCCUCCCCAACUGGGGAGAGUUCACGCUCGUAAAAGCCGGUGGCAUGCUGAACAAGCUCGACUCCAUUGGCUUUCCCUUGUCUUACCAUAUUGGAAUUUUGGGGGUUAGUGGACUCUCAAAAGAAACUGAUUUAAAGUCAACUCUCAAAAGGUAUUUCACAGAUGGAAUCGACAUAUAUUUCGACAAUGUGGGGGCAGAGAUGCAAGCAGAAGCAGUAAGUAACAUGAACAUGAAUGGUCGAGUAGCUGUUUGUGGGAUGAUAUCGGAGUAUACGGAUGACAGAAAUCGAGCGACACCCAGUAUGAUGGAUGUUAUUUACAAGAGAAUCCUUUCCACAACUUGCGGUCUCCUUCGCACUGGUAAAAUUUUGGUAUUGGCAGACAUCUCCGAUGGGGUUGAGACUAUCCCUUCUGCUUUCAUCGAUCUCUUUACAGGCCAAAACAUUGGAAUUAAAAUUGUACAAGAGCGAGUGGCUCUGUGGAAUUAG